UAAGCUGUCGUACGACAUACCGACGCCGCGGCACCGUCACUUACGGCCCGCUGACCAGAUCGGCGGGGCCCCGGAACGGUUGGGCACCACUGCGGCCUAGUGUCAGCCGUCUAACGAGCGUCCGAUCCUCGACCUGUUCUCAUCGUAAUCUUCCACCGACAACGCCGAAGGCCACUAACCACAGCUCGUCAGUUCAUUGAACAUUCUUCUCCCGCACACACCGCGCAGCAGUCGAAUCGAGUUCUCUCGCCGCUACAGUGUUAACCUCUCAAGUCUCAACAACUUCGUGAUAUGGAUAUGAUACCUGAUAUACCGGUCAACAACUUGAGCCGAGCGAACGAAUUCGGUUGGCGCAUGCUUGCCGCUGAAACAAUUUUCCAUUCCCGCUCCGCAGCCAAGAAUGAAGCAUCAAGCGAGAUCAGAUUURAAGUACCUGUGAACAUUUGUGAAAUCUUUAUUCUUUCACCAUCUAUGUAUUUGCGAACUCAUAGCGGAGGAUUCCUUUUGGGAGGAACUGAACCUAAAAAAUUUCCGAUUACAUUUCAUUGCAACAACGUUGAUCAAGACUCUGCUUCAGCUAAUGUGAAAUUGGGUGAACUCAACUAUGAGGAAAAUGCAUCUACAUCAUUGAGAUGUACCAAUGAGGUAUGGACAAACAGAUUGAUUGUGUUCGCAAAAUAUUCAGUAUUAUCCAUUGUUAUUUAUGGAACAUCAAAGGAUCCUAAUGCUAAGGUUUUACAAAAGAAAACUUUCUCAACUCUUCCACCUCUURGCCCUAAGUUUAUAGAUGGCAUUUAUUCUUUUACUCUAAAUUGAAGAAUUGUAUAACGUUCAAAUGACUCCAAAUUCUAACACUUAUAUAAAUUAAAUUACUUCUUAA